AUUUUUUAACAAGUCUGAGGUCGGGGAAAUUCCGAGUUCGUGUACCGAUAAAAAGCCUCAGGUGUUUUAUGGUUAUUACAGGAUUUUGAAGUUUUCUGCUACCUACCGUGACUCGACACAAUAAUCGUGGUGAAGGAGUGAUAAAGGAAGAAUAUUUUUUUUACACCUGUUUUGCCCAGCUAUGGCUCCAGUCUUCAGUAAACUAGUUAGCAAAAGCCCUGGCUUUUUGUCUAGUAUUUUGGGGAAACCGAUUGCUGUUACGGGGGGAGGCCUCGCACUUCUGCUGUGGCUUGCUAGUGUUCAUAGAACUAAUCAAAACAGAAGAGCUGCUGCUGCAGAAAGAAUUCAAUAUGUCAUCAACGAGAAAAACAAAAGGUCAGCUGAGAAAGUGGCAAUCGAUGGUACAUUCAUCAAACGCAUUGCUGCCAUCUUGCGUAUCAUCAUACCUGGAGUAUUUUCACCUGAAGCUGGCUUCAUGAUUUUAGUGGCUGCAGCAUUAGUAGCCAGAUCCAGUUGUGAUAUAUGGAUGAUUCAGAAUUCAACAUCAAUUGAAAGUGCUAUUAUUGGGCGCAAUUUUCCACUUUUCAAAAGUUAUGUAAUCCAGUUCAUUGCAGCAAUGCCAAUGAUUUCUAUGGUGAACAAUGUCUUGAAGCUUGGAUUGGACGAACUUAAACUCCGCUUUAGAACUCGACUGACUCGCCAUCUCUAUGACCAAUACUUAAAAGAUUUCACAUACUACAAAAUGAACAACCUCGACAACCGAAUUUCAAAUCCGGAUCAACUACUUACAACCGAUGUCGAACGAUUCUGCUCGAGCAUCACAGAACUCUAUUCGAACAUUAGCAAACCUAUUUUGGACAUUGUCAUCUAUGUUCAUAGAUUGGCUGUUACAAUUGGUGGACAAGGUCCUAGCAUUAUGGUUCUUUAUUUGUUCGUUUCCGGAGUCUUGUUGACUCACUUGCGCCGUCCAGUGAGUCGUAUGACGGUUUCGGAGCAACAACUAGAGGGUGAAUUCCGCUACGUUAAUUCGCGGUUGAUCACCAACGCCGAAGAGGUGGCCUUCUACCGAGGAAAUGUUCGUGAAAAACACACCAUGUUGACGGCAUUCACUCGCUUGGUGAGACAUCUCCGUCGAUUUUUGGAAUUCCGUUUCACGAUGGGAUUUGUGGACAACAUAAUCGCUAAAUAUAUUGCAACUGCCGUAGGAUUUUUUGUCGUUAGUCGACCGUUCUUUAGUACGACACAUCAUCUGUCCACUGCUGGAUCUAGUGAGCGUUUGGAGCAAUACUACAAAAGUGGUCGUAUGUUGGUUAAGUUGGCUGAAGCUAUCGGCCGUUUGGUUCUGGCAGGCCGAGAACUAACACGACUGGCUGGAUUCACAUUGCGUGUGACUGAAUUAAUUACUGUUUUACAAGAUUUGAAUAACGGCCGAUAUCAGCGUACUAUGGUCUCCAAUGAAAACGGUUUGAAUUGCAAUGCUACUUGUGUUGGGAAGAAAAUAUUAACCCGAAUUUUGUCUCUUUCGAAAAUAUGUGGACAUUUAGGUGAAGGAAAAGUUGUGUCCCGAGUGCCCUUGAUUCCCGGAGCUGGUCGAAUCAUCAACAAGGACAAUAUUAUCCAUUUCGAGCACGUGCCCUUGGUAACACCCAACGGCGACGUCCUGAUUGAAGACAUGUCGUUUGAAGUCCAUUCGGGAAUGAACGUGCUCGUAUGUGGACCCAAUGGCUGCGGUAAAUCGUCCUUGUUCAGAGUGUUGGGAGAGCUGUGGCCGGUGUUUGGUGGUACCCUGACUAAACCGGGACCGGGCAAGUUGUUCUACAUUCCUCAGCGACCGUACAUGACUCUAGGUUCAUUGCGUGAUCAAGUGAUUUAUCCAGACACCUAUGAUGACAUGGUGCGCAAAGGAAUUCACGACAACGAUUUACUUACGUAUCUCGACCUGGUUAAAUUGACUUACAUCCAAGAACGAGACGGCCGUUGGGACGCUGUUGCCGACUGGAUGGAUGUGCUCAGUGGCGGUGAGAAACAACGGAUUGCCAUGGCACGACUCUUUUAUCAUAAGCCUCAGUUCGCUAUCCUGGACGAGUGCACGUCUGCCGUUAGCGUCGACGUGGAAGGUUCCAUGUAUCAAUACUGUCGUCAAGUGGGAAUCACGCUAUUUACCGUUUCCCAUCGACGGUCGCUAUGGCAACAUCACGAGUUUUACCUGCACAUGGAUGGACGGGGUAACUAUGAAUUCAAACCAAUCGAUUUGGACACAAUUGAAUUUGGUUCCUAACUUUUCGUUGGUGGACUAAAAACAAUGACAUCGUGACAUCUUCCAUCGUCCCUUCAUCAAGUUGAAUCAUUGCUGUUAUACAAAAAUUGGGGGGCAAGUUAUAUUACAGUUUAUAGACCAAUCUAGAAUGUACGUACUUUUUGGAGGAGAAGAAACAAAGCUCAAAAUGAGUUCAUAGGUGGUGGCCUUAUCAUUUUUCGACAAACGCUUUGCGUUAGGACUUUUUCUUUUUAAAAAAACAUUUCAAAGAUGGAAAAAAACAACAAUAGAAAGCACCUUAUGUGUGUGGGA